CUCUUUAAUCCCCAAUAUUCAACCCCAAACUACCUUGAAAGAUUACCCAAAAUGCCGAUAACCAAAUCCUCCAUCCCCCCCAAAAAGACGAUGCUUCCUCCCGGCGUCUACACCCCCGUGAUAUCCCUCUACAAGCCCUCCAAAACCCAAGAAAUCGACCUCGAAGCAAUGUACACACACUGCCAAUACCUCGUGAAAUCUGGACAACACGGACUAGUCUACCAAGGCACAAACGGCGAAGCAAUCCUCCUCUCGCGCUCCGAAAAAUCCUCUAUCCUGCAAACCGCGCGGCGCGCAGUCACCGAUCUCGGGGUCCCCGAUUAUCCCAUUGUAGCGGGGAUAAGCGGACAGAGCACCAACGAGAGUAUCGAGCUUGCAAACGACGCGUAUCAAGCGGGGGCCUCGUUCGCGUUGUUGCUUCCGCCGAGUUUCUGGCCAAAGGCUGUCACCGAGGAAGUGCUGGUCGGGUUUUAUACGGAUGUAGCUGAUGCGUCGCCGCUGCCCAUCGUUGUGUAUAAUUUCCCUGGGGUGACGGCGGGUGUGGAUCUUAAUUCGGAUGAUUUGGCUACGUUGGCGGCGCAUCCGAAUAUCGUUGCUGUUAAGCUGACGUGUGGGAAUGUUGGGAAAGCUGUACGGCUUACUUCGAGAUUCUCGCCGGAGCAGUUUUCAGUUUAUGGCGGGUCUUCUGAUUUCUUGUUUCCGACGCUCGAGGCGGGCGGUGUAGGGUGUGUGACAGGGAUGGGGAAUGUGUUUCCCAAAGCGACGGCGAAAGUGUAUGAUUUGUGGGUGGAGGGGAAGAAGGAGGAGGCGAGGGCAUUGCAGGAGGUGGUUGCAAAUGCGGAGUGGGCUUGCAAGAAAAGUCUGGCGUUGACCAAGUUUGCAGCGGGUCAUUUUCUGGGCGAGAAGCUUGGAGUGAGACCUGAGGCUUUUUGGCCGAGACGACCGUAUUUGCCGCCAGCGGAGAAGCAGAGGGAGUGGACGGUGGGGGUUAUGGGUGUAUUGGAAGAGGAGGAGAAUGCUAUCGCGGAGAAGUCAUUAAAGUAG